AAAAAGAACUGUGGGAUUCUGGGAGUAUUAAUCUUUGGUCAAAAGCAAUUAAAAAGGCAUACUUUUCAACUAGUUUUUGUAGUCUAGUUGAGCUGAGAAACAAGGGAGGUCCGAACUGAGAAAAAAUGGAAGGCUUUGCUGAGCUGAAAGAAGCAGUGGAGAAGGUGAAGUUGGUGGAUGCUCAUGCCCACAACAUAGUCAGCCUUCACUCCAAACUCCCUUUUCUCAGCUGCUUCUCUGAAGCCACCGGCGACGCCUUGUCCUCCGCCCUACAUACCAUCAAUUUCAAAAGAAGCAUAAGGGAAAUUGCUGAAUUAUAUGGCUCAAACAUAUCUCUACAUGCCAUUCAAGAAUAUCGCCGCUGCCAUAAAUUGGAAGAGAGCACAGCUCUCUGCUUCAAGGCUGCAGGAAUUUCUGUAUUGCUUAUUGAUGAUGGGCUUGACUUGGAUAUGAAGAAUGAAGUUGAGUGGCACAAGAAUUUUGUACCAAUUGUUGGUAGAAUACUAAGGAUUGAGCAUUUGGUUGAGAAAAUUCUCGACGAGGGGAGAUCAGAGAAGAAAACAUGGACUUUGGAUUCAUUCAUGGAGGUUUUUAUGGGAAGACUGAAAUCUUUAGCAGAUAAAGUUGUUGCAUUUAAAAGCAUUGCAGCAUAUCGCAGUGGUCUUGAAUUUAAUACCGAGGUCACUGCGAAGGAGGCUGAAGAAGGCCUCAAGGCUGUCUUACAUGCUGGCGGUCCUGCCCGCAUUACAAACAAGAACUUCAUUGAUUAUAUCUUCGUACAUGCCUUAGAGGUGGCUCAAAGUUUUGACUUGCCCAUUCAGAUACACACGGGUUUUGGGGAUAAGGAUUUGGAUUUGAGGCUGUCUAAUCCUCUUCAUCUUCGCAAUCUUCUCGAGGAUAAAAGAUUCAGCAAGUGUAGGAUAGUUCUUUUGCAUGCAUCAUAUCCAUUCUCAAAGGAAGCUUCCUAUCUAGCUUCUGUCUACUCUCAAGUAUACCUUGAUUUUGGCCUCGCGGUUCCUAAACUUAGCUUCCAUGGGAUGGUUUCAUCAAUUAAAGAACUUCUGGAGCUUGCUCCAAUGAACAAGGUGAUGUUCAGCACUGAUGGGGUUGCAUUCCCUGAAGCUUUCUACUUAGGUGCAAAGAAAGCUCGUGAAGUUGUGUUCACUGUUCUACGUGAUGCAUGCAUGGAUGGUGAUCUGUCAAUUACAGAAGCUAUUGCUGCAGUCCGAGACAUCUUUUCAGAAAAUGCAAAGCAAUUUUACAAGAUUAAUAUUGCAGUUGAAUCUUUGAAUUCGAAAACUGAUCAAUCCCCUUCCCAUGCAAAGGUAGAUUCGAACAGUGAAACACAAGAUGUCACCCUUGUGCGCAUUCUUUGGAUAGAUGCUUCUGGGCAGCAUAGAUGCCGUGCUGUUACACAAAAACGCUUCAACGAUUACAUUCAAAAGAAUGGUGUGGGGCUAACUUGUGCUAGUAUGGGCAUGAGUUCAUUUAGCGAUGGUCCUGCUGAUGGGAGUAACCUGAGUGCCGUCGGUGAGAUCAGACUAAUACCCGAUUUGUCAACCAAAUGCAAACUUCCAUGGGCAAAGCAGCAAGAAAUGGUUUUAUCAGACAUGUGCAUUGCUCCUGGAAAAGCAUGGGAGUAUUGUCCAAGAGAAGCGUUGCGCAGAGUUUCCAGAGUCUUAAAGGAUGAAUUCGACUUGGUGAUGAAUGCAGGGUUCGAGAACGAAUUUUUUCUCUUCAAGAGUGUAGUCAGGGAGGGAAAAGAAGAAUGGUUACCAUUUGACUAUACUAUGUACUGCUCUACUGCAUCAUUCGAUGCUGCAUCCUCUGUACUCGAAGAGAUUGUUGCUUCGCUUCAGUCCUUAAAUAUUACUGUGGAGCAGCUACAUGCAGAAUCCGGGAAUGGCCAGUUUGAAUUUGCACUGGGAUACACAGAAUGUGCUAGUGCAGCAGAUACCUUAAUUUUUGCCCGUGAAGUGAUUAGAGCCGUUGCAAGGAAACAUGGAUUGCUGGCGACUUUUGUGCCAAAGUAUGCAUUGGACGAUAUUGGCUCAGGGUCACAUGUGCACCUCAGUUUGUCCAAGAAUGGAGAAAACGUAUUUAUGGAUCAUGGUGGAUCAGCUCGCCAUGGAAUGUCCAAGGUCGGGGAAGCGUUCAUGGCUGGAGUGUUGGAACAUCUUCCUUCGAUAAUGGCAUUUACUGCGCCUGUUCCUAAUAGUUAUGAUCGGAUACAACCUAAUACAUGGAGUGGAGCGUACCAGUGUUGGGGGAGACAAAACCGAGAGGCUCCACUAAGAACAGCUAGUUCGCCCGGAGUUCCAAAUGGCUUUACAAACUUUGAGGUUAAGGUGUUUGAUGGAUGUGCAAACCCGUACCUCGGUCUGGCUUCGAUCAUUGCUGCUGGGAUUGAGGGUCUGCGCAGAUGCUUAACUCUCCCCGAACCAGUCGAUGAGAAUCCCGAAAACCUUAAAGCAAGUAUUCGACGACUACCAAAAUCUCUUGCAGAGUCGGUGGAAGCCCUGGAGAGAAACACAACGUUCAAAGGUUUGAUCAACGAGAAGCUCUUGGUUGCCAUACAAGCAGUUCGAAAGGCUGAGAUCAAGUAUUACUCUGAAAAUAAUGAGGCUUACAAGGAACUUAUACACAAAUAUUAACCCUCCAUGGUAUUGCGAGACUUGUUUCAAGAAAUAAAAGAGUAUUUAGGUACAAUGUUAUGCGAUACAAUAGUACUACCAUGACUGAAUUCUUUUGAGGUGCAUUUUUUAGCACAAUCUUCUAACUCUUGUCCAAGAAGCUACUAGGACUGGACUAGUACUACCAACAAAACAGUACAACGUUUUCAUGAUCAAUGUUUCAUGGAACAUGUAUAAUAAACAUGUUGUUAACAUGAGUUUACUUCAAUAACACUUUAAAAUAAGCACAGGGAGACAGAGUUAAAUCUGAAAAA